UUUUUACAAACUUUUCCUCUUCCUAGGCUGUCAGCUGUUAAUUCAAUCGUUGAUUUUUAAUUAUUACCUUUAUUCCAAUCCCAUUAACUUCUUUCUUCUCAAACUCUCUAUAAAAAUGUAAUGCAUUUAUUUAACAAAUGUUGCUACCACCUUUACAUUAUUACAGACUGCUAUUAUAAACUGUACAGAAUGACCAGCGCGGCAAAGGUUGGAGAAAUAUUUACAUCCGCAGGGGAAGCUUUUGAGAAGCUUGGUGAGCUUACCAUGCAGCUUCAAGCAGCUCAACAGAACACAGGGGGAGCAUCAGCAAAGUGGACCGAGGAGGAGGUGGCAAUGAUGCACCGAGCCGUCCGCUCCUUCGCUGAGAACCUCAACACCAUCUCCGAGACUAUCAAGCAGCGAACAGUUCAUCAGAUUAGAGCAGCGCUGCAGAAGAAAGCAUUUGACGAGGCGGGGAUAGCAGUUCAUAGCGUUAACUCUCAACAGCAGAGCAACAAACUUAUGCAAAAUUCCUCGGCCUCCAGUUCUGCGGAGGUCACUUUGAACGCUCUCAACGCUGGGGAAAAUGAGGUGGAUGUAGAAUCUCUUUCAGAUUUUGGAAACGGAGAGGUCAGAUAAGAUCUAGUGAGAAACCUCCAUUUAGUGUUCUGGUCUGAUUUGGCCUUUGUAAUAAACAUUAGUUCCCUGCUACUGUGACCUGGAUAAAGUACAAAAUCGGCUCAAACUUCAUGAUUCCAUGAAGAUGUAAAUGUAUAGUUAGCAGACUCUCUGCACUAGCAUUAAACUUUGUAAUCCGCGAAACCAGUUUUAAAACUCGUCACUAAGAUGGCAUUGUGUCAACACCUCGAGAUUUAG